GUUCUCCAUACAUUAGUACCCUGGAACAGAAAAAGAUAAUAUAAUUUAACCUGUUCCUAUAUUGAUAUCAAUCUAAACGAAUAAAUAAAUAAUUAUACGAAGAAGUAAGAACUGAUUCUUAUUUAAUUCCUCGGUGAUUACAUUUUUCUGUGCACUUAGAAUCAUUGAAUGAACGUCGAAGUUGAAGUGAAUUUUAGUUUUCUGGAUUUCAAGAAAAUCUUUAAACAUGGGAAAUGUGUUAGCCUCAAGUUUUUCACCAUCCCCAGUAACACCACCAGCACCUCCAACUGGCGCCCCUCCACCUCCUUCUGCUGGUGAUAGUUUUACAUCUGAUGAAACUGUAAAAGUAAAUGGCCUUAAUCCUGGGGCCAUAGAAGAUUUGCAUAAAAAAUGCAAAGAUAUUUUUCCAGUCAAUUUUGAAGGAGCUAAGUUGAUGGUCAACAAAGGCUUGAGUAACCAUUUCCAAAUUAGCCACACUCUUAGUAUGAGCUCUAUCACACCAUCUGGAUAUCGCUUUGGUGCUACUUACGUAGGUACUAAACAGCUGAGUCCAACUGAGGCCUAUCCUGUAUUAUUAGGAGACAUUGAUCCCAGUGGAAACCUUAAUGCCAACAUUAUUCAUCAAUUCAAUAAACAUAUCCGUACAAAGUUUGCUGCCCAGAUACAAGAUUCUCGUUACGUUGCAUCACAGUUAACAACAGAUUUCAAAGGCCAUGAUUACACAGCAUCUCUUACCCUUGGUAACAUUGAUAUUUUCAAUGGCUCAGGUGUAGCUGUACUACAUUAUCUUCAAUCAGUUACACCAAAGGUAGCGGCUGGGGCCGAGCUUGCGUAUCAGUAUGGUUCUCAAGUCCCUGGUGGCGAGAUUGCUGUUUUAUCCCUAGCAGGUAGAUACACAGGACAGAAUUGUGUUCUAAGUGGGACCCUGAGUACUGCUGGAGCCCAUAUUUGUUAUUAUCACAAAGGAAAUGAUCAAGUGCAAGUUGGAGUGGAAGUGGAAACAAACCUCAGAUUAGGUGAAAGUGUUGCAACUAUUGGUUAUCAGCUUGACUUGCCAAAGGCUAACCUUGUAUUUAAAGGUACUGUUGACAGCAACUGGACUGUGGGAGCAGUUCUUGAGAAGAAGCUGCAACCUCUUCCAUUUACGCUCGCUCUAAGUGGCAUGCUGAAUCAUGCUAAAAAUCAGUCUCGAUUUGGUUGUGGACUCAUAAUAGGAUAGUCUUAACACAUUGUAUGUAGAUUACUUAGAAAUGUUUUUAAUGAAAAACUGCAAAGGAAGCUGAAUAAAACUAGAUUACAGAGAGAAGAGAAGAAUCAUCUUAAGAUUUCUUUAAGAGACCUUAUGUUGCUGAUAACUGUGAACAAGCCACAUCUGCUUUCAACAUUGACUGAACAAAAUAUUGUAAGAUCAAUUUUCUUGUAUUACAAGGAACACAUCAUCAAAGCUAAUAAAAAAAUGUAUUCCAAAGACUA